AUGCAACGCUCCUCUUCCUCGCUCAAAGCAGUCCAAAAGACUAUCUCUCGUUCUCUGGUCACAUCAUCUGCGUCUCGCCGAAUAUCUGCAGUACAAUUACCUUUAGGAGGAACAGCGGGACUUUUCCCCCGCUUUGCCGGUCUACUCGACGAUGCACCUCUUGACGGCGGAAAUCCGAGAACAGGGCUAGGCAGCGAUUUCCACACUCUACCUGCACCGACUCUCUUCGACGGUCCAGCCCGUCGCCCACGAGUUCAGACUUUAUGGCCUGCUUGUCACAUAUCCUUGAGUCAGCUCACAGAGAACCAAGGAGCAGUCGAAAUUUUCGACGGGCCAUCUCAUUACCACCGUAGUUACUAUGGACCGCCUCAGCGCAAGCAGAACAAUAUGUUCACCUAUGCGCUCGGCGCUGCGAUCGCCGUCGGAGGUAGCCUCUUCCUAAAUUUGCAUUGA